AUGAAAUUGCAGAAUCGGCGAUCGAAUCGUCCUGAACUGGACGAAGAAGCACUGUUGCAUCAACGCCCCUCGCAGCCAUCAACUCUAUUCGAUUUCAUUCAGCAGUCAGCCGUACCGGCAACUUCGGAUUCUGCACCGACGAAUCUAAAAUCUGAGGCUAUCGCGCCCACGAAACCGUAUCCGCAACAAUUUGGAAAGCCAAACACAUCAUCCCCUCCUCCGUUAUCGGCAUCCAGAGGUGGCAUUCGAGGAGGUGGUGGAGAUGGUGGUGGACCGGGGAAUGCGAAGAAUUUUGGUCGUGGUUUUAGCAAUCGCGGAAAUUCCAGAGGAUUUACGACUAAUCGCGGUCAGUAA